CCUCCAGCCCCGCCGCCAGCCGCCCCCGCCUCGCCCGCACCAUGAUCGCCGCCGCUUUCCUCGUCUUGCUGAGACCCUACAGUAUACAAUGUGCCCUCUUCCUCUUGUUGCUUCUGGUGGGCACCAUCGCCACCAUCAUCUUUUUCUGCUGCUGGCACCGCAGGCUCCAGAAGGGGAGGCAUCCGAUGAAAUCGGUCUUUUCGGGUCGUUCAAGGAGCCGAGAUGCUGUUCUGAGAUCUCACCACUAUCGUUCUGAGGGCUUCCGAGCCAGCCCGCGGCACCUUCGGAGACGCGCUGCGGCGGCCGCGGCCGCCCGGCUGGAAGAGGCGAAGCCGGCGGUGGAGCUGCACCACCAGAGCGAGCAGGAGAUCGCCGCCCGGAAGCGGAGACUCAAGAAGAGCAGCCGCGUGCAGCCCGACUUCUACCACUCAGUUCAAGGCGCUCCCGCCAGGAGGCCCAGUUCCGGCAACGCGUCCUAUCGCUGUUCCAUGUCUUCCUCUGCGGAUUUUUCCGACGAGGAUGAUUUCAGUCAGAAAUCCGGCUCUGCAUCUCCAGCUCCUGGAGACACCUUACCCUGGAAUUUGCCUAAACAUGAGAGAUCGAAGAGAAAGAUCCACGGGGGCUCGGUGCUGGACCCCGCGGAGAGAGCAGUGCUCAGGAUAGCAGAUGAACGGGACAAAGUUCAAAAGAAAACGUUUACAAAAUGGAUCAAUCAGCAUCUCAUGAAGGUUCGAAAACACGUGAACGACCUCUACGAAGACUUAAGGGACGGACACAAUUUGAUCUCUCUUUUAGAGGUUCUUUCAGGAGACACCUUGCCCAGAGAGAAAGGUCGGAUGCGCUUUCACAGACUGCAGAAUGUACAAAUUGCACUUGACUAUUUGAAACGACGCCAGGUGAAAUUAGUGAAUAUCAGAAAUGAUGACAUAACAGACGGAAAUCCCAAAUUGACUUUGGGGUUAAUUUGGACAAUAAUUUUGCACUUCCAGAUAUCUGAUAUCCAUGUUACUGGAGAGUCGGAGGACAUGUCCGCGAAAGAGAGACUGUUACUGUGGACCCAGCAGGCAACAGAGGGUUAUGCGGGCAUUCGGUGUGAGAAUUUCACUACCUGCUGGAGAGAUGGAAAACUAUUUAAUGCCAUCAUUCAUAAAUACAGGCCGGACCUGAUAGACAUGAAUACUGUUGCUGUUCAAAGCAACCUUGCAAAUUUAGAGCACGCUUUUUACGUGGCCGAAAAAAUCGGUGUCAUAAGACUUCUGGAUCCUGAAGAUGUUGACGUCUCCUCACCUGAUGAAAAGUCAGUAAUAACUUACGUGUCAUCUCUCUAUGAUGCAUUCCCCAAAGUCCCUGAGGGCGGAGAAGGCAUCGGUGCAAAUGAUGUGGAAGUCAAAUGGAUUGAAUACCAGAAUAUGGUGAACUACCUCAUCCAGUGGAUCCGACACCACGUGACCAUGAUGUCCGAGAGAACAUUUCCUAAUAAUCCUGUAGAACUCAAGGCACUUUAUAAUCAGUACUUACAGUUUAAAGAAACAGAAAUUCCACCAAAGGAGACAGAAAAAUCAAAAAUUAAACGCCUGUAUAAAUUAUUGGAGAUUUGGAUAGAGUUUGGACGCAUCAAACUCCUUCAAGGUUAUCACCCAAACGACAUAGAAAAAGAAUGGGGGAAGCUCAUCAUCGCCAUGCUGGAGAGGGAGAAGGCUCUGCGUCCCGAGGUGGAAAGGUUGGAAAUGUUGCAGCAAAUUGCCAACCGAGUUCAGAGGGACAGCGUCAUCUGUGAAGACAAACUGAUACUUGCCCGCAACGCUCUCCAGUCUGAUUCGAAAAGAUUAGAAUCAGGGGUGCAGUUUCAGAACGAAGCAGAAAUUGCCGGCUACGUCCUUGAGUGUGAGAACCUGUUGCGCCAGCACGUCAUUGAUGUACAGAUUCUUAUCGAUGGGAAAUACUACCAGGCGGACCAGCUGGUGCAGAGGGUUGCAAAACUGCGUGAUGAAAUUCUGGCCCUAAGGAAUGAAUGUUCCUCAGUGUACAGCAAAGGCCGCGUGCUGACCACCGAGCAGACGAAGCUCAUGAUAUCAGGCAUCACUCAGAGCUUGACACAGGGGCUGACACCCUCCCUGACCCCGUCCAGCGUGACCUCGGGCCUGUCCUCGGGGCUGACGUCUCGCCUGACCCCGGCCGUCACUCCCGCCUUCACACCCGGCGUCCCACCAGGAGUAGUUCCCAGCUUCAGCUCAGGAGUCGAGGCGAAUUCCCUGCAGACUCUGAAACUGAUGCAGAUCAGGAAGCCCCUUCUCAAGUCAUCUUUGCUGGAUCAGAAUUUAACCGAAGAGGAGAUCAACAUGAAAUUUGUUCAGGAUCUUUUGAAUUGGGUCGAUGAGAUGCAGGUGCAACUGGACCGCACUGAAUGGGGAUCAGAUUUGCCAAGUGUUGAAAGCCAUUUGGAGAAUCAUAAAAAUGUUCACCAAGCUAUUGAAGAAUUUGAAUCUAGCCUUAAAGAAGCGAAGAUCAGUGAGAUCCAGAUGACCGCACCUCUUAAGCUAACUUACGCAGAGAAGUUGCACAGACUGGAGAGUCAGUAUGCAAAGCUCUUGAAUACAUCCAGGAAUCAGGAACGGCACCUGGAUACCCUCUAUAAUUUUGUAACUCGUGCCACUAAGGAACUGAUUUGGUUGAAUGAAAAAGAAGAGGAGGAGGUUGCUUACGACUGGAGCGAGAGAAACACCAGCAUAGCCCGGAAGAGAGAGUACCACGCGGAAUUAAUGAGAGAACUUGAUCAAAAAGAAGAAAACAUCAAAUCCGUCCAGGAGAUAGCAGAGCAGCUGCUUGUGGAAAAUCACCCUGCCCGACUGACCAUUGAGGCUUACCGCGCCGCGAUGCAGACGCAGUGGAGCUGGAUCCUGCAGCUCUGCCAGUGCGUGGAGCAGCACUUAAAGGACAACGGCACCUACUUCGAGUUUUUCAACGAUGCCAAAGAAGUGACUGACUACUUGCGGAACCUAAAAGAUGCCAUCCAGCGGAAGUACAGCUGUGACAGGUCGAGCAGCGUCCACAAGCUGGAGGACCUCGUUCAGGAGUCCAUGGAGGAGAAAGAAGAGCUUUUGCAGUAUAAAAGCACCAUAGCAAGCCUGAUGGGAAGAGCCAAAGCGAUAAUCCAGCUAAAGCCAAGGAGUCCUGACUGUCCGCUCAAAACUUCUAUUCCGAUCAGAGCCAUCUGUGACUACAGACAGAUCGAGAUCACCAUUUUCAAAGACGAUGAGUGUGUCUUGGCGAACAACUCCCAUCGCGCGAAGUGGAAGGUGAUCAGCCCCACCGGGAACGAGGCCAUGGUCCCCUCCGUGUGCUUUACCAUCCCUCCGCCCAACAAGGACGCGGUCGACUUUGCAAACAGGAUCGAGCAACAGUAUCAGAACGUCCUGACCCUGUGGCAUGAGUCUCACACCAACAUGAAGAGUGUGGUGUCCUGGCACUAUCUUGUCAGUGAAAUCGACCGCAUCCGAGCCAGCAAUGUGGCCUCAAUAAAGACAAUGUUACCUGGUGAACACCAGCAAGUCCUGAGUAACCUGCAGUCGCGCUUUGAAGACUUCCUGGAAGACAGCCAGGAGUCCCAGAUAUUUUCUGGCUCAGAUAUAACACAGCUGGAAAAGGAGGUCACUGUGUGUAAGCAGUAUUACCAGGAACUUCUGAAAUCUGCAGAAAGAGAGGAGCAAGAGGAAUCGGUGUAUAAUCUGUACAUCUCGGAAGUGCGGAACAUCAGACUCCGCCUGGAGACCUGUGAGGACCGUCUCAUCAGACAGAUCCGCACCCCCCUGGAGAGGGACGACGUGCACGAGAGCGUGUUCAGAAUCACGGAGCAGGAGAAACUGAAGAAAGAGCUAGAGCGACUGAAGGACGAUCUGGCCACGAUCACAAAUAAGUGCGAAGAAUUUUUCAGCCAGGCGGCGGCCUCUUCCUCAGUCCCCACCUUGCGGUCCGAGCUCAGCGUGGUCGUUCAGAACAUGACCCAAGUUUACUCCAUGUCCUCCACCUACAUAGAGAAGUUGAAAACUGUGAAUCUGGUGUUAAAAAACAGUCAGGCUGCAGAAGCCCUUGUAAAACUCUAUGAAACAAAACUGUGUGAAGAGGAAGCAGUUAUAGCUGACAAGAACAAUAUUGAGAAUCUAAUAAGUACUUUAAAGCAAUGGCGAUCUGAGGUUGAUGAAAAGAGAGAGGUUUUCCACGCGCUGGAGGACGAGCUGCAGAGAGCCAAGACCAUCAGCGAUGAGAUGUUCAAAACCUACAAAGAGCGUGACCUUGACUUUGACUGGCACAAGGAAAAAGCAGAUCAGCUGGUUGAGAGGUGGCAGAAUGUCCAGGUUCAGAUUGACAACCGGUUACGGGACUUAGAAGGCAUUGGCAAGUCGCUGAAGUACUACAGAGACACCUUUCACCCGUUGGAUGAUUGGAUCCAGCAGGUGGAAACGACUCAGAGAAAGAUUCAGGAAAAUCAGCCUGAAAAUAGUAAAACCCUUGCCACACAGUUGAAUCAACAGAAGAUGCUGGUGUCAGAAAUAGAAAUGAAACAGAGCAAAAUGGACGAGUGUCAGAAAUACGCAGAACAAUACUCCACUGCAGUCAAGGACUACGAAUUACAAACAAUGACCUACCGGGCCAUGGUGGAUUCACAACAGAAGUCUCCAGUGAAACGGCGAAGGAUGCAGAGCUCAGCGGAUCUCGUCAUUCAAGAGUUCAUGGACCUGAGGACCCGGUAUACUGCUCUGGUCACCCUUAUGACACAAUAUAUUAAAUUUGCUGGUGACUCGUUGAAGAGGCUGGAAGAGGAGGAGAUGAAAAGGGGUCAGGAGACUUCCGAGCACGGGGCGUACUCAGAUCUGCUCGAGCGCCAGAAGGCGACGGUGCAGGAGAACUGCAGGCUCACGGGCAAGAUCCGCGAGCUGGAGAGCAUGGUGGCCGACCUGGAGAAGCAGAAGUCCCGCGUGGAGGAGGAGCUGCCCAGGGUCCGGGAGGCGGCGGAGCACGAGCUGAGGAAGCAGAAGCGGAACGCGGCGGACAUCACUCUGCAGAAGAUGCGCGCGGAGAGCGAGGCCCAGCGGUACCGGCGCGAGCUGGAGGCCAGCGUGGAGGAGAGGGAGGCGGCGCGGCGCGAGCUGGAGCGCGUGCGGCGGCUCACGGCCGAGGCCGAGGCCCGGCGGGCGGCCGUGGAGGAGAACCUGCAGCGCUUCCGGAGCCAGCUGGAGGAGCACAGCCUCACCAGGAGGACCCUGGAAGAUCACCUGAAGAGAAAAGACUCCAGCCUCCACGACCUGGAGCAUCAGCAAAAGAAGCUGACGGAGGAGCUGAGGAGGAAGAGAGACAAGGAGGAGGAGCUCCUGAAGCUGAUCCAGCAGAUGGAGCGGGACCUCACGUUUCAGACGCAGGUGGCGGAGGAACAGCUGAAAGAAAAGCAGAAGAUCGAAUCGGAAGCCCGGAGGCGAAUAGCCGAGAUGCAGUAUUCGUGCGCAGACAGCGCCUCCUCGCUGGCUUGUGCGCCCGCGCAGGCGGGGGACCUGCAGCAGCAGGUGGAGGAGCUGACGGCCGCCAACAGGAAGGCCGAGAAGGACGUGCGGGAGCUGCAGUAUGAACUCGGCUCCCUGCAGCUGGAGAAAGCGUCCUCGGAGGAAAAGGCCCGCCUGCUCCAAGAGAAACUGGAGGAAACAAAUCAAACCCUGAGACGCCUGCAGCGGGAGCUGGAAACCAAGGACCAGGCGGAGGAGGGGUACUCGCGGCAGCUCCGAGAGCUGGGCCGGCAGCUGAGCCGGACCACGGGGAGGGCCGAGGAGGCCAUGCAGGAGGCCGAUGACCUCCGGAGGCUCAAGCACAACUAUGAGCAAGAGUUGGCAUCUCUUCAGCAGGAGAAAGGGAAGUUGCAGAGAGAGGCGGACAGGAUCACUCGGACCCAGGCUGUCACCGAGAGCAGCAUCCAGCAAUUAAAUUCCCAGGUCUCUCCUCUUCAGGGUGACGAGGGAUCCUGCCGGAGAAAAUCAGAUCACCUGAGAGCACAGUUUGAGAAAAGCCACGCGCAGUUGCUUCAAAAUAUUAAGGCCGAAAAAGAAAAUCACGAGAAAAUCCGGAAGCUUCAGGAGGAGCUGGCGAAGAGUAACGAGUGCGCAGACGUGCUGAAACAGAAGGUGGACGAGCUCACCAGGCAGAACAACGAAACCAGAUUAAUGAUGCAGCGGAUUCAGGCCGAAUCGGCCAACGUGGUUUCAGAGAAACAGGCCAUCCAGCAAAGAUGCGAAGCCCUGAAAAUUCAGGCGGACGGUUUUAAAGACCAGCUGCGCCACACAAACGAGCAUCUGCACAAACAGACGAGAACGGAACAGGAUUUCCAGAGGAGAAUCAAGUGCCUGGAAGAAGACCUGGCCAAAAGCCAGAAUUUAGUGAGCGAAUUUAAGCAGAAGUGUGACCAGCAGAACAUCAUUAUCCAGAAGACGGAGAAGGAGGUGAGGAACCUGAACGCGGAGCUGAGUGCCUCCCAGGAGGAGAAGCGCCUCGGGGAGCAGAAGGUGCAGCAGCAGCAGGCGCAGGUGCAGGAGCUGAACGACAGGUUGAGGAAGGUCCAAGACGAGCUGCACCUGAAGACCAUAGAGGAGCAGGUGACCCACAGGAAGAUGGUUCUGUUUCAGGAGGAAUCCGAGAAAUUCAAACGCUCGGCGGAGGAGUUUCGGAAGAAAAUGGAGAAGCUGAUGCAGUCCGAAGUCAUCACCGAGAACGACAUCUCGGGCAUCAAGCUCGACUUUGUGUCCCUUCAGCGGGAAAACUGCCGGGCGCAGGAGAACGCCAGGCUCUGCGAAACGAGCCUCCGCGAGCUUGAGCGGCAGCUCCGGCGGUACCGCGCGCAGGCGCCGCACGACCGCAAGUGCCGCGAGCUCGAAGGCGAGCUGGUCGCCCAGAAGCGGGAGGUGGAGAACCUGAAGCGCAAGAUGGACCAGCAGAUGAAGGAGCACGAGCAUCAGCUGGUGCUGCUCCAGUGUGAGAUCCAAAAACAGAGCCCAGCGGAAGACGGCGCCCUCAAGCCAGAUCCCGAGACGGCCGCGAAGGGGUGCCAGCGCCCUGGGGACCUCUCCUCCCAGGGUUCGGGAGCGCUGCCCGCCGGGCCCCCCGGGGCCAGGGCCCCUCUGCAGAGCUGGGCUCCGGAACCGCAGCCGUCCGAGGAGGGAUGGCAGCGUCGGGUUGCUGAACAGAUGCAGGAGGUCCAGGUCAGGCUGCCGAGGGUUCCAGCUGAGAAAGAGAAAAGCCAGCAGUGUUACUCUGAGUACUUUUCUCAAACAAGCACCGAAUUGCAGAUAACUUUUGAUGAGACGAACCCUCUUACAAGACUGUCAGAAAUAGAGAUGCUAAGAGAUCAGGCUCUGUACGGUUCCAGACCACCUGCCAGGUAUCAAGGUGACAAGUGUGAAGUGGACCUGGUGGCGCUUUUGGCGCCCUUGGAGAAGUCACUGGAAGAAGAAAAGAAAGAGCAUGUUGAAAAAGCCAAAGAAUUACAGAAGUGGGUAUCAAAUAUCAGCAAGACAUUGAGAGAUGGGGAGAAGGCUGGAAAGGCUUCCCUCUUUAAGCAAAAGAUUUCCAGUGAGGAAAUCUCGAUCAAGAAGGAACAAUUAUCUGAAACCCUUCAAACCAUGCAGCUAUUUCUGGCUAAACAUGGAGACAAAAUGACAGAUGAAGAAAGAAAUGAACUGGAAAAACAAGUGAAAACGCUCCAAGAAAGUUCUAAUGUAUUUAGUGAAUCUCUCAAACAACUACAGCAAUCACAAACCUUACAAGACAUAAAGGGAGAGGAGAAGCUGGAGAAAGUGAUCGCGGGCACCAUUGACCAGACCACAGGAGAGGUCCUCUCCGUCUUCCAGGCAGUUUUAAGAGGCCUCCUCGAUUACGACACAGGAAUCCGGUUGCUGGAGACGCAGCUGAUGAUUUCCGGUCUCAUCUCACCAGAAUCAAGGAAGUGCUUUGGCCUCGAAGAUGCUGAAAGUCACGGCCUUAUUGAUGAGCAAAUUCUGAGCCGCCUCCAGGAGCUGAAUGAGACCAAGGAGAUCAUUUCCGCUGUGCCGUCGUCCUCCACGCUGCCGGUGCUCGAGGCUCUGGCUGAAGGCGUGAUAUCAGAGCCCACGGCUGUCAGAAUUCUCGACAUGCUCCUGUCCACGGGCUGCCUGGUCAGCCCAGCCACGGGAGAACAGCUAACCCUGCAGAAGGCUUUCCAGCAGCGCUUGGUUUCCUCGGCGUUGUUUUCCAAAGUCCUGGAGAGGCAGAACACGAGCCAAGAUCUCAUCGACCCCUCGACCGCUGAGAAGCUGUCUCUGGGAGCCAUGAUGCAAAGGAGUAUUUUGCAGGAAAACACCGGGGUGCGGCUGCUGCCCGUGAGGCCGCAAGAAGGAGGCAGGGUCACGUUAAAAGGUGGAAGAAGCGUGAGCGUUUUAAGGGCGGCUCACGAAGGCCUCAUCGACCGCGAGACCGUGUUUAGGUUACUGGGCGCACAGCUGCUUUCGGGGGGUCUGAUCGGCGGCACGUCUGGCCAGCGGCUGACAGUGGAAGAGGCGGUGGCGGAGGGGCUGAUGGACAGGGACAUGGCCAACAGCAUCCUCACCUACCAGGUCGAAACCGGCGGGAUCAUCCGCUCCAGCCCCGCCAAGCGUUUGACGGUGGACGAGGCGGUACAGUGCGAUUUAAUAACGCCCAGCAGUGCUCUCCUGGUCCUGGAGGCUCAGCGAGGCUACGUGGGCCUCAUCUGGCCUCACUCUGGAGAAAUCUUCCCCACGUCAUCUUCCUUGCAGCAGGAGCUGAUUACGAACGAACUGGCAUACAAGAUCCUGGACGGCAGGCAGAAGAUAUCUGCUCUGUAUAUUCCCGAAACUUCUCAAGUCCUCGAUUUGGAUGUUGCUAUGGAACUGGGAAUUAUAGAUCACGGCACAGCAGCGAUUUUGAAAAGUAUAAUACUGCCUGAUCAGAUGCCAGACUUGGGAGACGUGGAAGCUUGCAGAAAUGCCAGACGGUGGCUCUCUUUUUGUAAAUUCCAGCCAUCCAUGGUCCAGGACUACAGGCAGGAGGAGGAUGUCUUUGAGGGAGAGGAGCCAGUGGAGACUCAGAGCUCAGAACAGACUAAAAAAUUAUUCCUGUCUUAUUUGAUGAUCAACAGUUACAUGGACGCCAACACCGGGCAGAGGCUCUUGCUGUACGAUGGAGACCUGGACGAAGCAGUCGGGAUGCUCCUGGAAGGCUGUGCUGCAGAAUUUGAUGAGGACAUGCCCGGAAAAGAACGUCCUGAUGUCUUAAGACACCCUGGUGUGUUUCUGAAUAAUGCUUCAGGUCAAGAAAUGGAUGAAGGUGCAGCUUCACCAAGUAGUCUGGAGAAAUGUCCUCGCAGAGAACCCCAGCAUCAAGAAAUCCCUGAAAACAGAAAACAUGUCAUAGAUGAAGAAUUUCAUGAAAUGGGAAGCAACGCUAUCAGGAGUGAAUUUGGCCAGUCAGAAAAUCCGGCAGGUAUGAUAGCAGCCGAUCCUAAAGUUCAGAACUCCUCCAGUGUGUGUGUUCCCAGAUUGGGAUCAGACCUCAUACAGCCCCGACUGGCUGGAGUUAGUGUGCUGAGACCAGGCUCUGAAAACAUACUUAAAAAUGGUGAAAAGCAAAGUCCCAUGGAAACACAGGAACAUGCAGGUGAAUGUGGUCAUUCUAAAAAUGUUCAAAACUUUGCAGGUGAUUUGAUAACAAGCCCUAUGGUGGAGGCAAAAACUAGUAGGAUCUGUGAUUUGAAUGAAAUGGAUACUGAAGAUAACAUUAGCAGGGGUCCAGCCAUCUUUGACUACUCCCCCCGCCUAAGCGCCCUGUUAAGUCACGAUAAACUGAGGACUGAGCAGAGAAGUUUACGCGAUGUACACGCCACAGGGAGCAGUGGAAAUAAGCGUGAAGCCUCUUCACUGCCGUUCAAGGACCAAACCACGUUACUGGAUCCAGGAAUGGGAGACAAGUUUCAAGACGAGUUUCUGGGCAUUGCAGUGAUUAACAUCAGUUUACAGGGGGAACACGCUGUGCAGAAAUCUCUAAAUCUUGCUUCCAGUCAUCCUCAGGGGCAGCAUCAGGAUGAUCAGUAUGGUUCGGAUACUUACGGUGAAGGUGAAAAAGUUCUCGCUGCUUCCCAGGACAAGUGGUCUGAGUCCGCGGUGGAGGAGGACCCCUGUGCCAUGACCCCGGGGGGCGGCGGUGAUCACGUCAGCCUGGCUCGCACUGGUCCAUCGGUGUUGGGAGAAUUGGCCAGCACCAGUGCUGGCGACUAUGAAACGUCCCUGCUGGUCGGUCGGCAGAGCGACACAGAGACAGACAGUGACAGCGAGGAUGACUUCUAUGACACUCCUUUGUCUGAGGACGAUGACCAUGAUUCUCUGCUUCUUGAGGGCGAUGACAGGGAUGGUCUGCAGCCUGAGGACUGCGACAUCCUGGGAGAGGAAGACGAUGGGCCGGCCCCUCCUGGAGAGGUUUUUUACGAUGUCGCUAAAGGGAGUGAACAUUCCAUGGGGGUCCAGGGGGCAGUAGGAUCCCUGCAGGAUUUUCUCAUCGGUGCCGAGAAAGCGGAACCAGAUUCUGGUGAAAGAAGACACUUCCAUUCAGUUGGCUUGUCCGAGAUGAACGGACCAGCGAUGGAAACCGUCUCAGAAAGGGACAGCACAGAUAGCCUGCAGGGUGCGGAGUCGGACUCGUGGACUGACCACAACGUUGUAGGAAGAGAAGGGAGCUUCCGAGCGGCACUAAAACCUGAGGACGCUGGCUGCUGGAGAGAAGAGGAGAGUGUAACUGGACAAGAAUUUAGAUCUGAUACCGAUCAUUUAGAAUCUGUGCAGAGUGAAGAAAGUUAUGGGGACCCUCUGUGUGACAGUAAUGAUCUGGAAAACAGUGACGAUUAUGACGAUGACGGUGGUGACACUGAAGACGAAGGAGCGGGAGGUGAGGAUGGACAGCCCGCGUGCCAGGACCAGGCUGACCACACGGAUGUCCAGGCACGUGCCACCGCGGCACUCGAGGAGGAAGACGGUCACGGAAGUCAACGUCGCAGUGAAGUGAUUCUCCCGCAUAAAAAGCACGAUCAGAGUUCUUUAGAAAAACAGCCAAGUGUAAACGUUUUAUGGCUCGAAUCGAGUCGUCAGAGUAGCUCGGUUAUGGAAAGAAGCAGCCUCCCAGAAUAUACGACGGAGGCUGUUCAGAAAAGCAAAGAAAAUCUGUGGAAUCAUGAGGUGGUCCUUAAGGAUACACUGCUGCCUGUUGUGAAGGCUGCUGAGUCGGAAAACAACUCUGGCCCCGUCGGUGUCCGAAGUGUAGCUUCGGGGCUGGAUGGUGAUCGGAAGAACGCGGGGGCUAGGUUGACCCGAGCGCCAGGCUCUGCGGAGCCUGUGAAAGGCAGCGGUCCAGAUUUUGAGAAGGUGCCACUAGCGACUGACCCAUCUUCUGAUGAAAUCAUUAGUCCUGAGCCCGGUUUCCUAGGAAACCCUGCGGAGGAAGGCCGUUUGUCACCCAUAGUCUCUGUAACUGACAGAGGUCAUCACGGAAGUGGAGGCGAUCCGAUUAGAGAGAGAGAUGACAAGACCGGUACCCUGAUGGAAGAGGAAGCCUCGAUUUGUAAAAUGGGCGUGGAUAAAGGAGAAGUGCUUUUAGAAGGUCCUGUAGAAGAUGAUAAAUAUCUCCAACCUUUGCCCAGGGAAUGCACAAGGGAGAGCCUUGAUUUAGUCAGCAGUCAGUUUCCACACCCGCAGAUCACAGAGAGCGAACAUCAGAAAGGAAGCAUUAAAAAAGCGACAGUGGCCUUUGAAGAUGAACCAAAGAAUCUGCCAACAGUAGUCAGUCAAAGUCCUGUUCAGUUUGAGAAUCUUGAAGAAAUAUUUGAGUCAGCAGCUUCCCAUGGAAUCAGCGAUGAGAUUGCUCCAGACGUCACGGUGUCUGAAGGGUCUCCAAGUAUUGAGAAAGAUUCAUUCACUGAUGGACCUGAGGAAGAGCUGGAUCUGUUUGCUUUUUUAAACCAUUGUGCUCGAAAUGUAAAAGCAGAAGCUGGGUGGAAACCAAAUGAAGAUGCCCCAGGCUGUUUUCCAAUAGCUCCCCCUCCCCCAAAGGAUCACUUACAGUUAGGAGUUAAGGAUGCCAAAGAGAAGGCAGCUCUCGUGCAAGAAGCCUCUCCCCCGAAUGAGAUGGUCCAACGGAAGGAUCUUUGUUCUAAAGAAAGCAUCUCAGAAGGAGGAACAGGAAUUCCCGAGUUCACACCAGAAAUUGACGAAAGCACGCCUUCAGUCUUACCUCUCGGAAGUGUGGGAGGCUUCGGGAAGCAUGCUGAUUCUGUGCCGUCAGAACUUUGCACAAAUGGAAUAAUAAAUAGCAACUCCAGGGACACUUUAAGCACCGGCUACUCAUCUUUAGAAAUUAACAAUGAGGAAGAAAUAAUUGCUCAGCAACCAAGAACGGAACGAGCCUCGUCUCCAGGACUCCAGGAAAACGAGGUUCUGAGUCCUGAGCUGUCUCCAGUGUUUGUUGAGGAUGUGAAGGAUAUCUUACAAGAUCGACUGAGAGAUGGUCAUCUGAAUCCUCAAGAGGCUGGAGACCCUUCAGCCCAUGCAGAUACUAAAAUUUUAAUAAAAAACUUAAUGAAAAGGGUUAGCACAGCACAGUUGAUAAACGAAGCAUCUGAUAUUCCUGGCGACUCUGAAACCAGGGACUGUUCUGUCGUGUCCCCCAUGAAUAACUCGCCAGAACUAAAAACAGGGAGCAGAGAUGAUCCACGCUGGACUGCAGAUCUGAAGUCGGAGCUGCUGCUUGAUGUGCUUAAGCAAAAUCAGUGUGGCCAAAAAACGCCAGGAGCGUUUGAACUGAUGAAAGAAUUGACUCAGAUGGAGUGCGAACCAGAGGAAAGAGGUGUUACAUCUACAGGGCUGCGACUGCACCUUGAAAGUAUUUUCUCCACACUGCUUGCGGAUGGAUGUUCAGAGAGAGUAGGACAGUUUGGAGACUUGAAUCAAAAAUCACCCACUGGUUCCGGGAUGGUGGAUGAGAAGCCACACACACUUGAUGAUCUUCCAAGCAAGGGAAGAGACCAGUGCCCCCUUCAUUUACAAAAUGUGAGAGGAGGUGGGCCAGGAAACCCUCCUGUUGGUGCAUCAGCACAGCCGGGAGAUAAGAGGCUGGGGGAUCCGUGCCCUGAAUCUCCAGACCACCUGGAAUGUGCUUCAGGGUCAAAAGAAAUGGCUUCUGGAGACAGCUCGAUGGAACAAUUUGCCAGCGAGCUGCAGCAGUGUCUACAGCACACGUCAAAAAUGUCCCAGUAUUUGGCUUUGCUUCAAGAUAUGAAGCCCCCCUUGGACAACCAGGAGUCUCCGGACAGCAACCUGGAAGCUUUGAAGAACCAACUGAAACAGUUAGAGACCUUUGAAUUGGGGUUGGCUCCAAUGGCUGUGAUUUUAAGAAAAGACAUGAAGUUGACAGAGGACUUUUUAAAGUCUCUGCCUGGUGACUUCCCCAGGGGACCUCUGAAGGAACUGAGUAUGAGCCUCCAGAGUUUAGAGACAGCCUUCUCCUCCCUCAGGGCCACAUCCUCAGAAAGAAUGAACCGCAUCACACUCGCCAUCGACUCUGAAACGUCUAAACUAGCAGUUUCUCAUGGGGAGUUUCUGCACAAACUGAAGUCAUUCUCCAGUUGGAUAUCAGAGAAGAGCCAGUCUGUGGAGGGUAUUGAGACCGUGAGCAUUCGGGACACUGAACGUAUAAAGAAAAGCUUGGAGUUUCUCAAGUGCAACGUCCUUGGGAAUAACCUCAAAGAUCUGGUGGACAAAUACCAACACUAUGAAGAUGCUUCAUGUGGCCUUCUUUCCGGGCUCCAGGCCUGCGAGGCUGCAGCGAGCAAACACUUAUCUGAGCCCAUCGCUGUGGACCCUAAAAACCUGCAGAGGCAACUGGAAGAGACCAAGGCUCUGCAGGGACAGAUAUCAAGUCAGCAGGUUGCUGUCGAGAAACUGAAAAAAACUGCUGAAGUGCUCUUAGAUGCCAGGGGCUCUCUUCUGCCGGCCAAGAGCGACAUCCAGAAGACGCUGGGUGACAUUGUUGGCAGAUACGAUGACCUGGCCAAGUCUGUUGGUGAACGAAACGAAAAACUGCAGAUGACCCUGACGCGCUCCCUGAGUGUGCAGGACGGCCUGGACGAGAUGCUGGACUGGAUGGGGGGUGUGGAGCGCUCCCUGGGGGAGCAGGGCCAGGUGCCUCUGAACUCCACCGCUCUGCAGGACGUCAUCAGUAAAAGCAUCAUGCUGGAGCAGGACAUAGCGGGUCGGCAGAGCAGCAUAAAUGCCAUGAAUGAGAAAGUGAAGACGUUCACGGAGACCGCAGACCCGUCCACUGCGUCCUCGCUCCAAGCCAGGAUGAAGGACUUGUCCCGUCGGUUCUCAGAAGCAAGUCACAAACACAAAGAAAAGCUUGCCAAAAUGGAGGAACUGAAAACCAAAGUAGAGCUGUUUGAGAACCUCUCUGAAAAGCUCCAAACGUUCUUAGAAACAAAACCCCAGGCUCUCACAGAGGCGGACGUGCCGGGGAAGGACGUAACUGAAUUGUCCCAGUAUAUGCAGGAAUCAACUUCUGAGUUGCUGGAACGUAAGAAAGAUCUAGAAGUUUUGCAGAAUCUCUUGAAGGAGAUCUCCAGGCACGGUUUGCCAGGCGAUAAGGCUCUGGUUUUUGAAAAAACAAAUAAUCUGUCAAAGAAAUUCAAGGAAAUGGAGGACGCUGUCAGAGAAAAAAAAGAAGCUGUGUCUUCUUGUCAAGAGCAGAUGAACACCUUUCAAGUCCUUGUUAAAUCAUUGAAGUCCUGGAUAAAGGAAACCACAGAAAGCGUUCCCAUGGUGCAGCCUUCUUUUGGGGCAGAGGAUUUAGAGAAAUCUUUGGAGGAAACGAAGAAAUUACAAGAAAAGUGGAGCUUAAAAACACCAGAGAUCCAGAAAGUCAGCCACAGUGGGACCUCACUAUGUAACCUAAUAAGUGCUGUGACUACCCCUGCAAAGGCCCUGGCCGCAGUUAAAUCAGGUGGAGUGAUAUUAAAUGGUGAAGCAACAGCCGCAGAUACUCAGGAAAUUUUGGCAAAUAAAGGAUUAACAUCCAUUAAAAAGGACAUGACAGACAUAAGCCAUGGCUACGAAGAUCUUGGCCUCUUACUUAAGGACAAAAUAGCCGAACUGAGUACCAAACUCUCCAAACUGCAGAAGGCGCAGGAAGACUCGAGCGCGAUGAUGCAGUGGCUGCAUGAGAUGAACAGAACCGCAGCAAAGUGGCACCAGGCACCCGCACCCACGGAUGCCGAAGCCGUAAAGAGUCAGGUGGAGCAGAACAAGUUAUUCGAGGCAGAACUGAAGCAAAAUGUAAACAAAGUGCAGGAGCUGAAGGACAAACUGACUGAGCUCUUGGAGGAGAACCCCGAGACCCCGGAGGCCCCCAAGUGGAAGCGAAUGUUGACAGAAAUAGAUUCCAAGUGGCAAGAGCUCAAUCAGUUAACAGUUGACAGACAACAGAAACUGCAAGAAUCCUCAGAUAAUCUAACCCAAUUCCAGACGGUAGAGGCUCAACUUAAACAGUGGCUCGUCGAAAAAGAACUGAUGGUCAGUGUCCUUGGGCCCUUGUCCAUCGACCCCAAUAUGCUGAACACACAAAGGCAGCAGGUGCAGAUUCUGCUGCAAGAAUUCGAUACCAGGAAACCUCAGUACGAGCAGCUGACAGCGGCUGGUCAGGGCAUCCUGUGCAGGCCCGGGGAGCACCCUUCUUUCCACGGGAUCGUGAAGGAGCAACUGGCAGCCGUGACCCAAAAGUGGGACAGCCUCACAGGACAACUGAGUGACAGAUGUGACCGGAUUGACCAGGCCAUUGUUAAAAGCACGCAGUACCAGGGCCUCCUGAGAAGCCUGUCCGACAGACUGGGUGACUUGGAUCACAGACUGAGCAGCAGCAUGGCUGGGGGCCCCCUCCCUGACGCAAUGAACCAGCAGCUGGAAGCCGCCCGCGAGCUGAAGCAGGAGAUAGAGCAGCAAACGAAGCAGAUCCAGGUGGCCCAGGCCCUGUGCGAUGACCUGUCGGCCCUGGUUAAAGAGGAGUACUUGAAAGCAGAACUCAGUCGGCAGCUGGAAGGCAUCUUAAAGUCAUUUAAGGAUAUCGAGCAAAAAGCAGAGAACCACGUCCAGCACCUUCAGUCGGCCUGUGCCAGCUCCCAUCAGUUUCAGCAGACGUCUCAGGAUUUCCAGGCUUGGCUGGAUACCAAGAAGGAAGAGCAGAGCAAGUCUCCCCCCAUCUCUGCCCGACUCGAGGUCUUGGAGUCAUUAGUCAAAGAUCAGGAAGACUUCCGGAGAACUUUGACCGCCCAGUCCCAUAUUUAUGAGAAAGCCAUGGCGGAGGGUGAAAGUCUGUUACUGAAAACGCAAGGGUCAGAGAAGGUCGCCCUGCAGUCACGACUUAACACGAUGAAAACCAGUUGGGAUGGACUUAAUAAGCAGGUGAAAGAGAGAGAAGACAGGGCCAAAGGGGCGCUGGAAAAAGCCGUCAAGCACAAAGAGCUCGUGCAGACGCUCCGGCCGUGGACGGACCGAUGCCAGAGCUGCCUGGAGGAGAUACAGUGUGGCUUGGAUCCCGCUGAGAUGGAGAAGGCUCUUGCCCAGGUGGCGUCUCUGCAGAAGGAGCUGGACCAGCACUUUGGGACGGUGGAGCAGUUACACGGCGCGGCCAGCAGCCUGCUCCGCGUCUGCGACGUGGACCAGGAGUUGAUUGCAGAGGAGGAACAGUCACUGCUCCAGAAGGUGGACAUGGUCACUGAGCAACUGCACAGUAGAAAGUCCUCCCUGGAGAACCUGGUCCAGAAGUUUAAAGAGUUUCAAGAAGUUUCCAAAGAGGCUGGAAGGCAGCUUCAGGGUGCAAAGGAACAGCUAGCAGCCCACGACGCCCUGGGGCCCCAGGCUUACAGCAGCAAGUCCCUGACCAUAUUGCAGACCCAGCAGAAGGCGCUUCAGACCUUGAAACCGCAGGUCGAUCUGGCCAGAGGGCUCGCCCAGGACCUCGUGGCAGGGGCGUCGGACUCGAAGGGCACCUCCGACAUGUUACUACAGGUGGAGACGUUGGCCCAGGAGCACAGUGUGCUCAGCCAGCAGGUGGGUGACAGGUGCUCGUUCUUAGAAACCAAGCUGCAGGGCAUUGGGCAUUUCCAGAACACCAUCCGGGAGAUGUUCUCUCAGUUUGCCGAGUUCGACGACGACCUUGACAGCAUGGCCCCGGUGGGGAGAGAUGCGGAAACACUGCAGAGGCAGAAGGAGGACAUCCAGGCCUUCCUGCAGAAGCUGGAAGCGCUCAUGGCGAGCAACGCCAACGCCAACAAAGCCUGCAAGAUGCUGCUGGCCACAGAGGAGGCCUCUCCCGACCUCGUGGGAAUCAAACGGGACCUGGAGGCGCUGAGCAAACAGUGCAACAAACUGCUGGACCGCGCUCAAGCCAGACGAGAGCAGGUGGAAGGGACCAUCGUGCGUCUGGAGGAAUUCUACAGCAAACUGGGCGAGUUCUCCUCUCUGCUCCAGAAGGCGGAAGAGCAUGAGGAGUCUCAAGGCCCUGUCGGGAUGGAAACGGAGACGAUUAACCAACAGCUUGAUGUGUUCAAGGUCUUCCAAAAAGAAGAGAUUGAACCCUUGCAGGUCAAGCAGCAGGACGUGAACUGGCUGGGUCAAGGCCUCAUUCAGAGCGCGGCCAAGGGCGCCAGCACCCAGGCUCUGGAGCGGGACCUGGACGACGCCAGCACGCGGUGGAAGACCCUCAAUAAGAAGGUUGCCCAGCGAGCAGCCCAGCUACAGGAGGCCCUCCUGCACUGCGGGAGGUUCCAGGAUGCACUGGAGUCCCUGCUCAGCUGGAUGGUGGACACCGAGGAGCUGGUGGCCAAUCAGAAGCCCCCGUCCGCCGAGUUCAAGGUGGUGAAGGCCCAGAUACAAGAGCAAAAGCUUCUCCAGAGGUUGCUGGAUGACCGCAAAUCCACCGUGGAGGUGAUCAAACGGGAGGGAGAAAAAAUUGCCGACACAGCAGAACCCGCGGAUAAAGUGAAGAUCCUGAAACAGCUGAAUCUGCUGGACAGCAGAUGGGAGGCGCUGCUCAGUAAGGCCGAAACGAGGAAUCGUCAGUUGGAAGGUAUCUCGGUGGUAGCCCAGCAAUUUCAUGAAACCUUAGAACCGCUCAAUGAGUGGCUGACGACCGUGGAGAAGAAGCUGGCAAAUUGCGAGCCCAUCGGAACCCAGGCAUCCAAGCUGGAGGAACAGAUCACGCAGCACAAAGCCUUAGAAGAUGACAUCCUCAGUCACAGUAAACAUUUACACCAGGCCGUUAGCAUCGGCCAGUCCUUAAAGGUUUUGAGCUCCAGGGAGGAUAAAGAUUCGGUGCAGCAGAAAUUAGACUCGUGUCAAGUGUGGUACAUUGAGAUGCAGGAGAAGAGCCGCUGCAGGUCUGAGCUGCUCCAGCAGGCCCUGUGCAAUGCUAAGAUUUUUGGGGAAGACGAAGUGGAGCUGAUGAAUUGGCUGCACGAAGCACACGACAGGCUGAGCAGGCUCUCGGUCCAGGACUACGGCCCCGUGGGGCUGGGCACGCAGCAGGCCGAGCUUCGGGUUCUGCAAGAGGACAUCCUACUCAGAAAACAAAACGUAGAUCAGGCGUUACUGAAUGGUCUAGAACUACUUAAACAGACAACAGGUGACGAAGUUUUAAUCAUUCAAGACAAGUUGGAGGCCAUUAAAGCCAGGUACCGAGACAUCACCCGACUGAGCACGGAGGUGGCCGGGACCCUGGAGCAGGCCCUGCAGCUGGCGCGGCGGCUGCACACCACACACGAGGAGGUGUGCGCCUGGCUGGACAAGGUGGAGGUGGAGUUGCUGUCCUACGAGACGCAGGAUCUGACGGGAGACGCCGCCAGCCAGGCACACGCCAGGCAGAAAGAGCUGAAGAAGGAAGCCAAGAACAGCAAAGCCCUGCUGGACUCGCUUAACGAAGUGAGCAGCGCCCUGCUGGAGCUGGUGCCCUGGAGGGCACGGGAGGGGCUGGAGAAGAUGGUGGCCGAGGACAACGAGCGCUACCGCCUGGUGAGCGACACCAUCACGCAGAAGGUGGAGGAGAUGGACGCGGCCGUCCUGAGAUCCCAGCAGUUUGACCAGGCGGCCGAUGCGGAGUUAUCCUGGAUUACUGAAAUGGAGAAGAAACUGACUUCCCUGGGUGACAUCAGGCUUGAGCAAGACCAGACCUCUGCUCAGCUGCAGGUUCAGAAGGCAUUCACCAUGGAGAUUUUGCGGCACAAGGACGUUAUCGAUGAGCUUGUUGAGUCUGGACACCAAAUUAUGAGCAUGUGCAGCGAAGAGGAAAAACAGUCGAUGAAGAAAAAGCUGGACAAGGUACUGAAGAACUACGACGCCAUCUGCCAGGUGAACUCGGAGAGGUACCUGCAGUUAGAACGCGCCCAGUCCCUGGCGAGUCAGUUCUGGGAAACAUACGAAGAGCUUUGGCCGUGGCUGAUGGACACGCAGAGCAUCAUCGCCCAGCUUCCCGCCCCCGCCCUCGAGUAUGAAACCCUGCGGCAGCAGCAGGAGGAACACCGGCAACUGCGAGAGCUGAUCGCAGAGCACAAGCCUCACAUCGACAAGAUGAACAAGACCGGGCCGCAGUUGCUGGAACUGAGCCCGAGGGAGGGCUUUUCCAUCCGAGAGAAGUACAUGGCGGCUGACAGCCUCUACAGUCAGAUCAAGGAGGACGUCAAGAAGCGGGCAGUGGCGCUGGAUGAAGCCAUGGCCCAGUCCACGCAGUUCCACGACAAGAUCGACCAGACCCUGGAGAGCCUGGAGCGCAUCGCGGAGCGCCUGAGGCAGCCCCCGUCCAUCUCGGCGGAGGUGGAGAAGAUCCGGGAGCAGAUCAGCGAGAACAAGAACGUGUUGGUGGUGGACAUGGAGAAGCUGCAGCCCCUGUACGAGACGCUCAGGCAGAGGGGAGAGGAGAUGAUCGCGCGGUCCCAGGGCACGGACAAGGACACAUCUGCCAAAGCUGUUCAGGACAAGCUUGACCAAAUGGUUUUCAUCUGGGAGAACAUACACACACUGGUGGAAGAAAGAGAAGCCAAACUCUUGGAUGUGAUGGAAUUAGCAGAGAAGUUCUGGUGUGAUCACAUGUCCCUGGUGGUAACCACCAAAGAUACCCAGGAUUUCAUCCGGGACCUGGAAGACCCUGGAAUCGAUCCCUCAGUAGUGAAGCAGCAGCAGGAAGCAGCAGAGGUCAUAAGGGAGGAGAUUGAUGGACUGCAGGAAGAGCUGGACAUGGUCAUUAACCUGGGUUCUGAACUCAUCGCCGCGUGUGGGGAGCCUGACAAACCCAUCGUCAAGAAGAGCAUAGACGAGUUAAAUUCAGCGUGGGAUUCUCUAAAUAAAGCUUGGAAAGACCGGGUGGACAGGCUGGAGGAGGCGAUGCAGGCCGCCGUUCAGUACCAGGAUGGACUGCAGGCAAUAUUCGACUGGGUAGAUAUUGCAGGUGGUAAACUGGCUUCCAUGUCUCCCAUCGGGACGGACCUUGAAACUGUCAAGCAGCAGAUCGAAGAGCUCAAGCAAUUUAAGUCAGAGGCUUACCAACAACAGAUAGAGAUGGAGAGGCUGAACCAUCAGGCCGAGCUUCUGCUGAAGAAAGUAACCGAGGAGAGUGACAAGCACACCGUUCAGGACCCACUGAUGGAGCUGAAGUUGAUAUGGGACAGUCUGGGCGAGAGGAUCAUCAACAGACAGCACAAGCUGGAGGGCGCUCUGCUAGCGCUGGGGCAGUUCCAGCACGCUCUGGACGAGCUGCUGGCCUGGCUGACGCACACCGAGGGCUUGCUCAGUGAACAGAAGCCCGUCGGGGGAGACCCCAAGGCCAUCGAGAUUGAGCUCGCCAAGCAUCACGUGCUCCAAAAUGACGUAUUGGCCCAUCAGUCCACAGUGGAAGCCGUUAAUAAAGCAGGAAAUGACUUAAUUGAAUCAAGUGCAGGGGAAGAAGCGAGCAAUCUUCAGAACAAGCUGGAGGUUCUAAAUCAGCGCUGGCAAAAUGUUUUGGAAAAGACAGAACAGAGGAAGCAGCAGCUGGAUGGUGCCUUGCGCCAGGCCAAAGGGUUCCACGGCGAGAUCGAGGACUUGCAGCAGUGGCUGACGGACACGGAGAGGCAUCUCUUAGCCUCCAAGCCUCUGGGAGGUUUACCGGAAACAGCCAGGGAGCAGCUUAAUGCCCACAUGGAAAUCUGUGCUGCCUUUCACGUGAAGGAAGAAACAUAUAAGAACCUGAUGCAGAAAGGCCAGCAGAUGCUUGCAAGAUGCCCCAAAUCUGCCGAGACAAAUAUCGACCAGGACAUCAAUAACCUGAAAGAAAAAUGGGAAUCGGUGGAAACCAAACUCAACGAAAGGAAAAUUAAACUGGAAGAGGCCCUGACGUUGGCCAUGGAGUUCCACAAUUCUCUCCAGGACUUUAUCAACUGGCUCACCCAGGCGGAGCAGACACUCAAUGUGGCUUCUCGGCCAAGUCUUAUCUUGGACACAGUCUUGUUUCAAAUCGACGAACACAAGGUCUUUGCCAAUGAAGUAAACUCUCACCGUGAGCAGAUAAUAGAGCUGGACAAAACUGGAACCCACCUGAAAUACUUCAGUCAGAAACAAGAUGUCGUCCUCAUUAAGAACCUACUCAUCAGCGUCCAGAGUCGAUGGGAGAAAGUGGUCCAGCGCUUAGUGGAGAGAGGAAGGUCUCUGGACGAGGCACGGAAGAGGGCCAAGCAGUUCCACGAAGCAUGGAGUAAGCUGAUGGAGUGGCUGGAGGAGUCGGAAAAGUCUUUGGAUUCUGAACUGGAAAUUGCCAACGACCCGGACAAAAUCAAAACCCAACUCGCACAGCAUAAGGAGUUCCAGAAAGCCCUGGGAGCCAAGCACUCCGUCUACGACACCACCAACAGGACUGGGCGUUCUCUGAAGGAGAAGACCUCCCUAGCCGACGACAACCUGAAGCUGGACGACAUGCUGAGCGAGCUCAGGGACAAGUGGGACACGGUCUGCGGGAAGUCGGUGGAAAGACAAAACAAACUGGAGGAGGCCCUCUUAUUUUCUGGACAAUUCACAGACGCCCUGCAGGCCCUCAUUGACUGGCUGUACAGGGUUGAACCCCAGCUGGCCGAGGACCAGCCUGUCCACGGGGACAUCGACUUAGUCAUGAACCUCAUCGACAAUCACAAGGCCUUCCAGAAGGAGCUGGGGAAGCGGACGAGCAGCGUGCAGGCGCUGAAGCGCUCGGCCCGGGAGCUCAUGGAGGGCAGCCGGGACGACUCCUCCUGGGUCCGGGUCCAGAUGCAGGAGCUGAGCACGCGCUGGGAGAGCGUGUGUGCUCUCUCCGUAUCCAAGCAGACUCGGCUAGAAGCAGCUCUGCGCCAGGCAGAGGAAUUUCACUCGGUGGUACACGCCCUGCUGGAGUGGCUGGCAGAAGCGGAGCAGACACUUCGUUUCCACGGCGCGCUCCCCGACGAUGAGGAUGCUCUGCGCACGCUCAUCGAUCAGCAUAAAGAAUUCAUGAAGAGACUGGAGGAGAAGCGAGCUGCCCUCAAUAAAGCCACCAGCAUGGGGGACGCUCUCCUGGCCCUCUGCCACCCGGACUCCAUCACCACCAUCAAGCACUGGAUGACCAUCAUCCGGGCCAGGUUCGAGGAGGUGUUGGCCUGGGCGAAGCAGCACCAGCAGAGGUUGGCCAGCGCGCUGGCCGGGCUCAUCGCCAAACAGGAGCUGCUGGAAGCCCUGCUGGCCUGGCUGCAGUGGGCAGAGACGACCCUGAGUGAGAAGGACAAGGAGCCCAUCCCGCAGGAGAUGGAGGAGGUGAAGGCCCUCAUCGCCGAGCACCAGGCCUUCAUGGAGGAAAUGACCAGGAAACAGCCUGACGUGGAUAAAGUCACCAAGACCUACAAGAGGCGGGCGGCAGACCCUUCCGCCUUGCAGUCCCACAUCCCUGUCCUGGACAAGGGGCGAGCAGGAAGAAAACGCUUCCCAGCUUCCAGCCUGUAUCCCUCUGGGUCCCAGACGCAAAUCGAAACCAAGAACCCCCGGGUCAACCUCCUGGUGAGCAAGUGGCAGCAAGUCUGGCUGCUGGCCCUGGAGAGGAGGAGGAAGCUAAACGACGCCCUGGACAGACUGGAGGAGCUGAGGGAAUUUGCAAACUUUGACUUUGAUAUCUGGCGCAAAAAGUACAUGCGAUGGAUGAAUCACAAGAAGUCCCGAGUGAUGGACUUUUUCAGGAGGAUCGACAAAGAUCAGGAUGGGAAAAUAACCCGACAAGAAUUUAUUGACGGAAUUCUUUCCUCAAAGUUCCCGACCAGCCGUCUGGAGAUGAGUGCGGUCGCAGACAUCUUUGACCGCGAUGGCGAUGGGUACAUCGACUACUACGAGUUUGUAGCCGCCCUUCACCCGAAUAAGGAUGCCUACAAACCCAUCACGGAUGCCGACAAAAUUGAAGACGAGGUGACGAGGCAGGUGGCUAAGUGCAAGUGUGCGAAACGAUUCCAGGUGGAACAGAUCGGAGACAACAAAUACAGGUUCUUCCUGGGAAAUCAGUUUGGAGACUCCCAGCAACUGCGACUUGUCCGAAUCCUGCGAAGUACCGUGAUGGUUCGGGUCGGAGGUGGAUGGAUGGCCCUGGAUGAGUUCUUAGUGAAAAACGAUCCUUGCAGGGUUCAUCAUCAUGGGAGUAAAAUGUUACGUUCGGAAUCAAACUCUUCAAUUACUACCACUCAGCCUACUCUAGCCAAAGGCAGGACCAACGUGGAGCUGCGGGAGAAGUUCAUCCUGGCGGAUGGAACCACUCAGGGCAUGGCGGCCUUCCGCCCCCGCGGCCGGAGAUCGCGGCCCUCGUCACGGGGAGCCUCACCCAGCCGAUCGACGUCGGUGUCCAGCCAGGCCGGCCAGGCGGCCUCCCCGCAGGUCCCUGCCACCAGCACACCCAAGAUUCUCCAUCCUUUAACACGCAAUUACGGUAAACCGUGGUUGACCAACAGCAAAGGGUCACCUCCCUGUAAGCCAGCCGAGUGCUCAGACUUUACCGUGUCGUCUGCAGAGGGAACACCCAUCCAAGGAAGCAAGCUUCGACUUCCUGGAUAUUUAUCAGGGAAGGGUUUCCACUCCGGGGAGGACAGCGGCCUGAUCACCACGGCAGCUGCCCGAGUGCGGACCCAGUUUGCUGAUCCCAGGAGGACCCCCAGCCGCCCAGGAAGCAAAGCCGGCAGCCGGGCUGGCAGCCGGGCCGGCAGCCGGACCAGCAGCCGCCGAGGCAGUGACGCAUCAGACUUCGACAUUUCAGAAAUCCAGUCCGUGUGCUCAGACGUGGAGGCCACCCCGCCGACACACAGGCCCACACCCCGGGCAAGCUCCCGGCCGUCCACGGGCAAGCCUUCCAGAAUCCCCACGCCCCAGAGGAAACCAGCUGCCGGCAAACUGGACAAGUCCUCCAAGAGAUAGUGCAGUUGGUUCCACCGCAGCCCCUUCCUUGAGCGUUUAAUAUUUAAAAGUGUGACAGAUGUACAAUAUGCUGUAGAAAUUAUUGUGAAAUAUUGCCAAGAGGUGAGUUUAAAAUUCUGCGGAUGGCCUUAUUUGUGUAUUGGUCUUUUUAUUUUAUCUGUAUAAUUUUUGGUCCGAUGUUCUGGGGAGAAAGCCGCAUCCCGGGCGAAGGGGGAGCGCAUUCACAACAUGCACUGUCAUUUCUGCACUGGAACGCGUGGCGCACACGCUAGGAUCAGUCACCGCACCUGCAGGUAAGUCCACCUCCUCUCCGACAGCACUCCAGCCGAGUGCCUGACGUUAAGGAUACCUCAUGACACGUUCUUGCUUUUCUGGAAACUCUGAAAAGCCCAAAGACACCCACAGGGAUAUAUGUAUAUGUAUAUAUAUUCCGAGAUGACUUAAGUGUAAACUGAAAGAUGGGAGGUGUGGGGCAAAAAGACAAACACACCCACCACAGUUCUUACCGUCCUACCUGACUGACAGACACAGAACUCACAGGAAGUUCCUUUAAGCACCUGCCAAUGCCAGGCGAUUCCAAGACUCUUGCCGCGUUUCUGUGCCGUUGCUUGACAUGAGGCCAGAGACGUCCUGGACAUUAGACCUGUUACCCUGUAAGAAUAUCGUGAUAAAGUGCAUUCAUAUAAAUGUGAGGUUUUCUUUUGCUUGAGUGGACAGUAGCACCCAUAUCAUUGAACUCAUUUUUGUAUCAGAGCAAUUUUGCUUGCAGAAAGCUAUGAAAUAAAACAUGUCCCCUAACUACA